AUGCCUUUAUCAUCCUGGAAUUGGAAUUUGCAGUCUUCUUCUAAGAAGGGAUUUCGCCAUGAUGUGCUUCUUCUCUACCAUAGAAUGCUCGAUUCAGGUAUUCGCCCCAACGCUUCCACCUUUCCAUCUGUUCUGCGCUCUUGCGCUGACCUCUCUUCCUUGCAACUUGGGAAGGCGAUCCAUGCCCACAUUCUCGCAUCUGGGUGCCACUCCGAUCAGUACGUCGCCUCUUCCCUUGUCAGCUUCUAUGCUAAAUGCCAAUGUAUUGAGAAUGCUCGGCAAGUGUUCGAUAGAAUGCCUCAAAGAAGCGUGGUCUCAUGGACUGCGUUGAUUCAGGGCUACGCUCGGACUGGGAGUUCCUGCAAGGCAGUGGAGAUGUUUGAGUGGAUGCAGCGAGAGGAUGGAAUCCGACCUAAUGCCGUUACGGUUUUGAGUCUGAUCCCUGCUGCAUCUCUCCAUUCCCAUUUAGGAGAUGGAGAGUGUAUCCAUGCUUGUGUCAUUAAAUUGGGAUUCGAGUCCAACUCCCUUGUGGCCACUUCGCUUGCCGACAUGUAUCUCAAAUGCUGGGCUGUAGAAAAUGCAAAGCGGGUGUUCUAUGGUUUGCGUGAUAAAAAUGAGAUCUCGUGGUUGGUUAUGGUUUCCGGACUGGCUCGGAAUGGGUAUGUGGGAGAUGCUGUUUCAUUUGUCAGUAGAAUGCUCUGGGAUUUAAAUCUGAUUCUCGACUCCACUGCGCUUGUAAAUCUGAUCGCAGCAUGUGCAGACACUGGAGACUUAGAACAUGGCAAGUGGCUCCAUGCCUACAUCAUAAAGACUGGGGUGGAGUUGGAUGCAUUUGUCGGAACAGCCCUACUCGACAUGUAUGCGAAAUGCAAUUCUCUGGAAUCUGCACAUCGGGCCUUCAAGGAGAUAUCUGAUCCGAACCUGGUCUCCUGGAAUGCUAUCAUGCACACAUAUGCUCACCUAGGUCUUGUGGAUGAUGUUAUGGAACUGUUUCGACAACUAAAGCAUGAUGGGAUCUCCCCUGAUUCAAUCACCAUGAGAAGUUGUUUGUUAGCAUUUGCUUCAUCUCCUACUUACCCAAGGGAAUCUCGGCUUGGUGAAUGCUUCCAUGGUCAUGCAAUCAAAAGUGGACAUUUUGAUUCAGAGAUUGCAAUGGCGAAUUCACUUUUGGAUUUUUAUGCCAAGACAGGAAAUCUUAAGGGAGCAGAAGAGUUGUUUUCAUGCAUCGAGGAUAGAAGGGAUGUCAUUUCAUGGAACUGCUUGAUAAAUGGACAUGUUCUAAAUGGAUUUUACAAAGAAGCAAUAAUGCUCUUCUGUCAAAUGGAAACGGCAUGCAUAGCACCUGAUACCUUCACUUUAUCUAGCAUUUUAACGGCGUGUGCGAGUAUGGGGGAGCAAUCAUUUGGGCAAUGCAUGCAUUCAUACCUGUUGAAACAGGGUUACACAUACUAUGUGACAUUGGAUUCAUUUGUGGGAACUGCGCUGGUAGACAUGUAUGCAAAGUGUGGUAAUGUCGGAUCUGCUUACAAGGUGUUUGAGGAGAUCAGUUGUAGAGACACAGCAACAUGGAAUGCGAUGAUUGCAGGUUUGGGUCAGAACGGUUAUAGUUCAGAGGCCCUUGCUCUUUUCUAUCGUCACUUGAAAACCACAGGACAAACAUCAUAUGCUGACUCUGCUAUAGCAACAGCAGUUUCUGCACACGGUCAGUUGGCCUGUUUGGAAGGGGGCAGGAGUUUACAUGGCCACAUUUUGAGAAAAGGAUUGGAGAGCAAUGUUAAAGUGGCCAAUGCAAUUCUAAGCAUGUAUUCGAAAUGUGGCAUGGUUGAAGAUGCAGAGUCAUUUUUUCGGGGGAUGUCAGAGAGGGAUACAACAUCAUGGACCACCAUGAUUGCAGGCUAUGGCAUAAGUGGGAGAGUAAAGGACUCAGUAUCUCUGUUUGAGGAGAUGAUAACAAAGGGAAAGGCUGAGGAGGGUGUGGAACCAAAUGGAGUCACAUUUCUUGAGGUUUUAUGGGCUUGCUGCCAUGGAGGACUGGUGAAGGAAGGUUGGAGCUAUUUUGAGAGGAUGAGGAGGGUGCAUAGAAUUGAAGCAAAACUUGAGCAUUACUGUUGUGUAGUUGAUCUUCUUGGGCGUGGAGGUUAUCUCUAUGAGGCCUAUGUGUUGGUAAGGUCGGUGGCAGCUAAAAUGGAUGCUGCAGUCUGGGGAGCGCUGCUAGGAGCAUGCAGGAUUUAUGGGGAGUUGGAGUUGGGAUGGAUAGCAGGGGAAGAGCUUUCAAGAGCAGUGGAGAGGCACUGUGACUACCAUGUGCUCAUAUCCAAUGCAUAUGCUGCAGAUGGGUGGUGGGAGUAUGCUGCAAGAGUUAGAAAGGAGGCGGCGGAUGGUUGGAGACAAAAACCCCCUGGUUGGAGUCGAAUUGAGGUAAGGGCUUAA